AUGUCCUUUCUAGAUUUGCCGCCGGAGCUAAUCUCCCACAUCCUCUCCUACGUCCCACCAUCUUGGCAUUGGGGUAACCUUGGCUGGGACAGCGAUCGCUGGCGCCGCACCGUCGCGAACAAUGUGCGCUGGUUUCUGCGGUUGAGGCUUGUUUGUCGAACAUUCGAUGGCCUUGUCAUUGACCUCGUCCUUGCGGAGCUCCGAGCGGGGAAUCUGCAUCGAAGCCUCCCGCUCAAGAGGGGCGCCGCGAGACGAUCCACAAUCGCGUUUGUGGAGCGAUUGCUUUGGGCGUUGGUUAUUCGAACUGCCGCUGCGCCUCCUAUGUCACACGAGAAUGAAAGGUCUAUUGCUCGAACGAUUGUCGAUGGCGCAGCGUUGAGUGCGGAUUUCCUCACAUGCUCAAGGGAAUCGGAAACGCGGCAAAAUGGCAGCAAUGCCGUAGAUGGGGAGGACGAGGAAGCAAACAAAUUACGAGAUGUCUACACAGGAGCGCUGAUUUCAAGCCUUACCAUUAUACUCGGUCCGAACCUCGUUCUCGACAUCCUAGAACCGGGUCAGUACCACGGCAUCGAUAUGUUCAGCCCGCUCAAUGGCGACUAA